AUGCUUGAAUCAACGAAAUUUAAUGUGAAAUUAGAUCGUAUAUCACCAUGGUUUCAUGGUACACCAUGUCAAACAACUGCUGUAGAUAAGAAUGGAUUUGAAAUUAGAUUAAAACAUGAUGAUACAGAUAUUAAACAACAUAAACAACAACCAAUUGAUGGAACAAUACAACAAGAUCAACAUGACAUAGAAGAAAAUGAAAAAACAAAUAUUGUUGAAGAACAAUUAAACUCGGUUCGAGUUGGUGGAGGUUGGACAGCACUUGAUGAAUUUCUUGUUCGACAUGAUCCAUGUCGAGCUAAAGGUCGUAUUAAUUAUGAAUUACAACCAGAAAGUUAUGCUUUAUGUGAUGGUAUUGCUCAAACAGUGACAUUAUUUAAGCCAAGACUUGUUACUGUUCAUCGACCAACAAGUCUUUAUCAUCAACAACAAUUAGCAGCAUCCAAAAAAUCACCAGUUACAACACUGAAUCGAGGAUCGAUAGAUAAAUCUCGACGAACAUCAUCAAUUACUUCUUCAACACAACAACAUCGACCAAGCAAAAUUUCAUUGCCAAUAUCUCGACUUAAAAAGGCAACAAAUGGUGGAACAAUACCAACGAAAAGAUCCUAA